AUGGUACUAUUCUGGAGUUUCAACGACAAUACCUACGACACGUACAGUGGUUUGCGUGUGGCGACGGAAUUGGAGGCACGGGAAGUGGAUCAGCUUUGGGAGCACGGCAAGGCCUUGCGUAACAAGGUCAGACGUAUGGAAGAGGAGCUGGAAAGUUUCAAAGAGGAUCUGCACCGCGAUUAUCAAAUGAAAGAGAAGGUAAAGGACAAGAUGCUGCAUUCCUUCCACUUGAAUCCGGAGCAUCUGCUGGUCUCGAUGCGCAAGUCGAUAGUCCAACCAGUCGCUGCCGCACGAAAAGAAAAAAGGAAAGACGCCGGGGCUGCCGAUUUCCAGUCAACAACCGGUAGGACGCCACUGUCCGAUGAAGUACAAAUACGCAUACCCAAAAAGAGCUCACCGGACGAAGAUACGAGACGGCAUCGGUUUGUGUUGACCAAAGAACAAGCCAUCCAGGCUAUGCAGAUGCAACGAGUGUGGAACAAACCUAUCGUCAAAAAGUUCAAACUACCAGCCUCACAAGUCGCGGCUGCCGCCCAGCUUGCCGGAACCAACAAUCGGUUCUAA